UACGGUUACACCUUUGUCUGCAAGGGGACAGUGCAGGCCUUUAUCAGAGACCUCGAGCAUGAGGCGGCGGUGUACAAGCGUCUGGAGCGGAUCCAGGGCGUCAAUGUGCCCAUCUUCCUAGGGGCCGUCGAUCUUCGGUCGCUCAAGAGCGUCUACUACUACGACCAUCGGGUGUACAUUGCGCACAUGACAUUCUUAUCGUGGGGAGGAAACUACAUCGAUGAGCUUGAGAUUCCAGCCGACAUGCGAAGAACACUCGAGGGCAAGUUGCUCGGGUCUCUACGGGCGAUUCACGAGGAAGGCGUGGUUCACGAGGACGUACGGAGUGCAAACACUCUGGUCAACAGGGAGACGGGCAGUGUGGUGCUGAUUGACUUUGAGCGUGCCGUGCUGCUUGAAGCAGCGCGGCGACCGCUA